AUGAAUUACUUGCGAAUAUCGUACGCAGAUGGAAGUCCACGUUUCUUGCGGAUAUCGAAGAAGCUUGGGAGGGAUCUCUUCACACGGUUGUCACCUGGACCAGGAAGAACAUCAGGUUCAGCCAUCAAGAUUUCAACGGAAGCAGAAGUGGAUUCACUAGAUGGGACACCUGUUGAAACACUAGAUGAAGAACCAGUUGAAGCGGACGAAGAACGGUUGUUCUGUAAAAAUAAUAAAUUCAAUGGAAAUUCCUGUUCUACAGUAUCUACCUCUUCAGACGAAUCCGAGGAUUCGUCUGAAUUCGAAUCCGACUCAGAAGACUUGCGAGAACCUUUCUUUGGAGGACGAGAUUCAUUGCUCUCGGAAGAGGAACCAGCAUGGGCUGAAAAUAAUAAUUGUGGGAACUGA